AUGACGGUGGCCCGCGGUCCGCCCGGCCGCCCCUCUUCCGGGCUCCUGGGCUGCUGGCGCCGCCGCCCGGCGCUGGGCUUCGGCGCCAAGGUCGGCAUCGCCAUCGCCCUUGGCCUCUCCUUCGCCAUCAUCUGGACCUCAGUCUCCCCGACUUCCUCCUCCCAGCAGAUCUCUACCGAGCACUCCUCCUUCGCAGCCGAAGUCGCCGCACUGCCAACCGCCUCCCACAAUCGCACCGCCGCCGGCGGCGGCGGGCACGCUCACCGGAAGCCCCGCCCCGUCCCGCACAGCCACAAGAAGCGCCACCCUGCUCCGUCUGGAUCCCAUUCCCAUCCUCACCGCUCCAAUGCCACCGCCUCGCCGGAUGCCGCCGCUGCGAAGGCCGAUCACUCCGAGCCGGCUCCGGUAACCGACCCGGAGCCGAAGGAGAAGGAACCGGAGCAGGAGCAGGAACAGGAGCCAGACAUGGAGAUGGAGCCGGAACAGGAAGCGGAGCUGCCCAUGCCCGAGCAGGGCGGGGACAAUUCGGGGAAGGCCCCUGCGGAGGAGGAGGAGGAGAAGCCGCCGCAGCUGGAAUUGGAAGACGAGCCCAGUGAGGGUGACGGCGAGGAUGAUGAUCCCGAGGCGGCGAAGAGGAAGGCUCCAAGUAAGGAGAGGAAGCUCCCGCCUUUGUUCAGCCCGGGUGUGCGUUACCACUGGAAGCUUUGCGGCGCCAAGAGCGGCUACCACUAUAUCCCCUGUGUGGAUUUCGAUGGGGAUGGGAGCCAGAGGCACCAUGAGCGCAGCUGCCCAAGGUCUCCUGUGACGUGUUUGGUGUCACUGCCCAAGGAGUAUAAACAGCCUGCUGCAUGGCCCGAGAGGAAGGACAAGGUUUGGUACGGGAAUGUUGGGCAUCCUAGGUUGUCAAAUUAUGUUAAGGGCCACAGCUGGCUGAAUCACAGCGACGAGUACUUGAUGUUCCCACCAGACCAAUGGGAGUUCAAAGGUAGCGCAAGGCAUUAUGUUGAAUCAAUUGAUGAGAUGGCUCCUGACAUUGACUGGGGUAAAAAUAUACGCAUAAUAUUGGAUGUUGGAUGCAAAAGCGCUGGCUUUGGUAUUGCUCUACUCGAGAAAGAUGUGAUAACGCUAUCUUUAGGCCUUACAAAUGACCAAACAGACCUUGCACAAGUUGCCCUUGAACGUGGCAUCCCUGCAACAGUUGGCAGUCUGGGAUCACGAAGAUUACCCUUCCCUAGUGGUGCAUUUGAUGCUAUUCACUGCGGUGAAUGCAAUAUACCAUGGCAUUCUAAUGGUGGAAAACUUCUCCUAGAGAUAAAUAGAAUUCUUCGUCCAGGCGGAUACUUCAUCAUAUCAAGCAAAAGUGCUGACUUGGAGAGUGAAGAAGGAAUAUCAGCUUCAAUGACUGCGCUUUGUUGGAAUGCAAUAGCUUACAAUAGUGAUGAUGUCAGCGAGGCUGGAGUGAAGAUAUUUCAGCGACCAGCCUCAAAUGAGGUAUAUGAUCUGAGAGCAAAAAAAGAUCCUCCAUUUUGCAAGGAAGAGCAGAACAAAGCUAGUGCAUGGUAUACUACUCAUAUCAAACACUGCCUGCACAAAGCGCCAGUUGGUAUCGAAGAAAGAGGCAGUGACUGGCCUGAGGAGUGGCCCAAGAGGCUCGAGAGUUUCCCUGAGUGGCUUGGGGACACACAAACAAGGGUGGCUUCUGAUCAUAACCAUUGGAAGGCUGUUGUUGAGAAAUCUUAUCUGGAUGGAUUGGGCAUUGACUGGUCAAAUAUCCGUAACGUAAUGGAUAUGAGGGCUGUAUUUGGAGGAUUUGCAGCUGCACUGGCAUCUAAAAAGGUUUGGGUCAUGAAUGUUGUUCCUGUGCAUGCUGCAGACACCCUACCCAUAAUCUAUGAGCGUGGCCUGAUCGGUGUGUAUCAUGAUUGGUGUGAACCAUUUAGUACAUAUCCAAGGUCCUAUGAUCUUUUACAUGCUGACCAUUUAUUCUCACGCCUGAAGAUCAGAUGUAAGCAACCUGUCUCAAUUGUUGUUGAGAUGGACCGGAUUUUGAGGCCUGGAGGUUGGGCUAUCAUCCGGGAUAAACUCGAGAUCCUUGACCCAUUGGAGACAAUCUUGAAAUCACUGCAUUGGGAAAUUGUCAUGACCUUCAGAAAGGACAAGGAGGGUAUCAUGUCUGUAAAGAAAACAACAUGGCGUCCAUAA